CUAGUACAGUAGUGUCACAUUCCUGUACACGAUGGCCAGCAAAUUUUCUAAAAAGAAGAAGGAGUCUCAGUACGAAAAAGCAAUGAUGCCCCCAUUAGGGCACAAGUCUAAACAUACUUCUUGGUUUGAUGAUGAAAACGAUGAUGUCUGGGAUGAUAAAGCAGUAGGAGCGGAGAGUAAGAAGUCGACUAUUCUUUCUCUUGGUGUUGGCAAGUAUGCUUCUAAGGCUAAAAGUGCUGGGAAAUGGUUAUCAUCUCGUCCUCGUACAACAACCAAGAAAUCAAUGUCUGAUGCAGAAGAUCAAAGGAUGGUCAUACCAGUGAAGACAAAAAGCUUGGAUCGAAACAAAUACACAUAUCGUACUGUAGAUUCAAAUGCUAUCAAUGUCGUCAAACAGAAAGGAUCACAUCGUUGGAGGCAGCUGGGAAAAGUUUUACUUGGACCAUUUAUGGAUAGCUUGGAAAGUGUUUUCGUUAAACUACCGGAUGAAGCAAAAGUUGAAUACAUUCUGCAACGCUGGAUGAUGAAAGUGGGUGACAAGAAGGCUACGGUCAAGGAACUACUCAAUGCCUGUGAUCAUCAAGACAUCAACAUUAGGAAAGAGGUCUGGAGUGGAUUGGUUUCUGUGCCUGUUUUAGAAUCAGUCGGACAACGUGAUAGACUCGUGUCUCUCCGUCAAUCAGCAAAUGUGCAGUUUGUUAAAGUGGGCAGUAGGGUGAAGUUGCAUUGCCAAGCAUCUGGGACUCCAGAUCCAGUUACGUAUCAGUGGUAUGUGAAUGAUGAGAUUAUUAAAGGUGAAAAUAGAGAAACAAUUGAAGUGACCAUUGGAGGUUCAUAUCAUUGUGUUGCAUCUGGAACUUUUGGAUCAAUAAUUGGUGAGCCGAUUGAAGUGUAUGUAGUUCGCCAGCUAGCAUCUGAUCGUGUGGCUGCUCAAGGAACCGAGGCAUUGCUAGAUUAUUAUCAUUCUAGAAAUCUGAUUGUCACUACUCCAUCCGAAAUUCUUUCUCUUGGGAGGAAGGUGCAACGAGCCUACUUGGAGGCCAUAAGAACAAAUGGAUGUAUUCGUUGUCCCCGUGUUCGUCUCAUGGUUGUGGGACAGGACAGAGCUGGAAAAUCAUCUCUGGUAAGGGCUCUCCUGAAUUCCCUCCAGAAAACUGGAUCUAUGGUGCCUCCAUCAGACAGCACUUCUGGAAUUGACAUUGCAUUGGUAAAAUGCUCGUUGGAUGAUGAUAAUUAUUUGUUUGAAGUUGUUGAAGGUCUUGCUAGUGAACUUCAAACAAUUAAGAAGUUGCAAGCUCGACAUGUGGCAGAAUUGAUUCUUCAGAUGAGUAACAAAUCAACAAAGGAGUACAAUACAACUGCAGAUGCAGGGCCAGUAGGUGGAAAGAUAAAUGUUGCUUCUACAGCAGCAGAAGUGUUUGAACCAGCUGAGGAACAAUCAGUGUCUACGACAGGCAAACCUAUUGAUAGCAGUGUCAUGAAAGCAUCAAACAAUCAAGAUGAUGUGUUAAGUGAGGACUGGAAGACACAUCUAGAUGAGGAAAUGGCAAGACUUGUGAAUGAAGAACUGAAAACUAUUAAGGAAGGUCAAAGUCUGCCUCACCAUAAUCGCCACUCUUCGACAGAUUUUAGUGAUUUCUUAUGGCUACGUCUCUACGACUUUGCAGGCCAGCCGAUCUACUACAACACACAUUCAUGCUUUAUGAGCAGUCAUGGCAUCUAUCUAAUUGUUCACAACUUGGAGAAGAAUUUGGACGACCCCGCUGUUGUCUGCAUUGGUCGUGAAGGAAAGGAGUUUAUCAUUGAGGCUGGAUGUGGAACAAAUCGUGAUUACUUGCUGACAUGGAUGACAGCUGUGUCGAUUACAGAGCCAGCAUUUUCUAGCUUACUCACAAGAUUGACACCAUCGGCGUUAGUGGUUGGUACCCACUACGAUAUUAUCAGGAAGUAUUAUCCAAAUUUGUCAGAACGCUCUCGUUUUCUGACAGCCAAAGAGGUUGCUAUUGAAGCAGCAGUAAAUCGAUUUCCUUUGUCUCGUCAUUUUCGUCGACCAUUCUUUUAUGUCGACAACCUUCUAACAUGUGAUGAUGCUGAGAGCCAGCUGGUCUGUUUGAGGAAGAUGAUUGUUGACUUGGCCAUGGAAGAUGAACAGUCAGAAGCUCUCAUUCCAUUCUCAUGGCUGCGAUUUGAAGUCGAUGUGUACACUGAAGCUUCAAAGAAUUCUGAUGGUUAUUGGAGCUACACUGAAGCCAUUGAAAGAGCAUCUCAUUGUUUCAGCAUGCAGAAUGUGGAUAGAGAGGAGAUUCAGUCUAUGUUUAAGUUUUAUCAUCGUCUUGGUGUUAUCAUGUGGUUUGGUGAUUCGGCUGAUCUCUCUCAGUAUGUUGUUAUCAACACUCAGCUUUUACUGAAUUUGUUUCGAAGUGUCAUCAGCUUGGAUCCAGCACUGGAUGACCGAAAAACAUUCUGGAAGAGUCUGAGGGAGACAGGAGUUUUAGAUUAUAAGCAUGUUGAUGACAUGCUGGAAGCGUCCAUUAUCUCCAACCAAAGCAAGACAUCAGAUGUCAGAAUUUUGAAAGAAAGGAAGGAGUUCCUCUUGAAGAUGCUUCAAAUGUUUGGCCUGAUCACUCCUCUCUUUUCUUGUAAUUCUGUUGUAAAGAAGUUCCACUCUGGCAUUACUCAGAAAAGCAGCCAAUUUGUCAUUCCAUCUUUGGUCAUUCAAGAUGUACCUGUACAGGCAUUUGCGCCAGAGCUUGACAGUUGUCCUUCUAUUUAUCUGACAUCUCUUCACCGCCUUGUGCCUGCUGCUUUGUAUAACAGAUUGGUGGUGUACCUUAUUCGACUCUUCCCCCUCAGUCCAGCAGUGUAUCGUCACUUUGCUCGGUUGCAUAUGGACAGGAACAAUGAUCUUCUUAUUUUUAAUUACAAUACAGACAAGAGUGGAAGAAUUAAGAUAGCCAUCCAAAAUUUGAUUAAUGAUGCUAAUGGUGUCAUAUCUGUUCAGCCAUCAGAAUUAUUGCAGUAUGUUAUAUGGGCAAUUUCUGACAUCAAGAGUCAGGGCAUGGGAGGUCUUCAGUUUGUCUUAGAAGCAUUGGUGACAUGUAAUGGAACUGAGCCUAUGCAUCAACAUUUCUUCCCUGUCUUUCAGUCUGAGUGCACUGAGCAUGCCCUGCAGUCAUGUUGUGACCUUAACUGUGUUGACAAGAUGAAGCAAAGACAUGUUUCCAAUGUCAGCAGAGUUCACUCUCGAUGUGGAGUGAACCAAUGCUUUAAUCCUCUGUCGCCACCUGAUAGUUUGGAUCAGUGGGUCAGUUUAUGGACAGAACCAAACAAACACAAAGUGGUCAAUGUACACAUUGUGUCAGGAAGCUUUAAGACAAAAUUGACUGGUAUUGUUGCUGGUGACAUUCAAGUGCGUGAAGGAGACAAUAGUGAAGUUGCCCACCAUGAGAAUGUGACAGUCGUGCCUGGAAUUCCAUAUGGAACAGUGCAGCUGGUAUGCCCUCUUCAACACUGUGGAGAAGACCAAGGAUUAGUAAAGUACCACUGGUUCAGAAGUGGCAAACCGAUUGCCGUCCAGAAUAGCAAUUGUCUGGAGAUAAAGGGAUUCAAUGCGUAUGAUGAUUCCGGCAUCUACUGUUGCCAAGUUGUGUCAAGCAGAGACUAUACCUACUCUCGGCCUGUUUACAUUCAAGCAGUAUCAGGCAGAUUAAGUUUGAAAGAACCUCCCGCUGUAAGAAUUUACGUUGCAGUGGGAAAAUCAACUCACAGGGUCAAGGAAAAGAGUUCGGUUUCCCUUGGGCAAAAGAUUCGUCUGCUUUGCACAGCAGAGCCCAGUGUGUCUGAUAUGAGACUACACUAUCAGUGGUUUCAAAAUAAGCUUGCCAUCCCACAUGCAGUUCAUCAAACAUUGGAAAUUGAGAGUGUACAGGAUUUUCAUGAUGGGAUUUACUACUGCAUUGUGUCUGAUCAGCCUGUCGAUCCACGAAAUACAAGAAACUCUUGUGUUACUUCAUCUCAUGCAGAGGUUAUCAUUGCAUCUCCAGAUUGGCGGGAGGACGAGUGUUGGUUUCAACAUCAGGUUCAUCACAGACAAAGACAGAUCCAGGUUGCUACAUACAAGGCAUAUGGUACCAAAGCAACAGACAAGGUAGCCUUACUGAUUGGCAACAAGGAGUACACCAGAAUGAAGGGAAACCUGCUGUUUCCUGAGAACGAUGUUGUUGCAGUGGCCGAUGCUCUUCGUCGUCUUAAUUUCAAAGUCUUUGUGUUUGUUAACCUCAAAUUUUUUGAAAUGUGCCAUGCCCUGCAAAUGUUCUACGAGCUAGUAUGUCAGGGAGUUUAUGCUGUCUUUUACUUUGCCGGUCAUGGAUUCGAGUUCAAUCGUGAAACAUACCUCAUGCCAGUUGAUGCAGAUUUGGGAAAUGUCAAGACUUGUUUUCGAGAGACUGCAAUUGAGUAUUCACUGCAAGAGUGUGGAGCACGACUAGGGCUUUUGCUGCUUGACUGUUGCCGCGUAUGGACUCGCUGUGUGAGUGAGAAAUGUGCUCUACCUACUGUGGGUGUUGGCAGUAUUAUAACUCAGUACAGCUGUUGUUCUCUCAAUGCUGCAUAUGAAGUAUCCAGCAGUGGUACUAGUCAUAGUGUCUAUGCCGAUCAUCUCUGUAGAGUGCUUGAAGGGCUAGCGGUUGGAGGAACAAUAACUGUUCCGGUUCCCGCUCACACUGAUCCCUCCAUUGACUUGGCUAGUGAACGAAAAGUGGCAACCGAGGCGACAUCCAGAAGUACUGACAAUGGUACAUCUGAUAGGCAACUAUCUGAAUCAGAUGAUGUUUUCAAGCUUUCUGUUCAGAACAUGCUGGAGGAUGUGGCUAUUGCUGUGAGUAAUGAACGGGUUUCCAAGAGACGUGGUGGCGCAGAUACACCAUGGCAGGUUCCUCAGCGAAAAGAACACAUUAUUGAAUCUGAUCUCUCACUGGCAGAUGAUGUGGAUACACAUGGUGACAUUGCAAAACAAAAUGACAAGUACCACAAAGCACUCAACAGAAGUCGAACUGUACAGAGUAUUGAGAAGGCAGUCAGCAGUCGUGGACUUUUUAAAGUUUAUUUGGUCUAUGAGAUGUGGGUUGCAAACGUGUUACUGGUUGGAGUCAAUGUCAUUCCAGUCGAUAAAGAUCAAGAUGAGAGCCAACUAAAAGUGAACAUGCGCAUUGAAAGCAACUCAGCUUCAUUGAUCCAUUCUGGUAUCACUACUAGUCAUGAGUUAAAUGUAGUGAGGUCUAUGCCCAACGUUGCAGACUGCUCCCAUUACAUGAAGGUCUACAACGUUCACCGUCUUCAGCAUCAUGAAACGUUAACUCUAGUUGUCGACAUCAGCAGAGAGUCGGCAGAUUCCAGUGAUUCGUAUGAGGAUUCACUCGAGCUUAUUGUUGGUGGCAAGUUAUUUGAUACAUACCUACAGUACAGUCAUGGUCAGAGAGCUCCCCUGUCGGCUCUUGUUUCAAGACUGAAACGUGGCAUUUGGAGUCGUCCAUUGCUACAAAGAGAGAGAUCGUUUUCGCUCCCUAUGGUAUUGGCUCCCACUUCAGGUCAGUUGUCAGCAAGCAGCAGAUAGCACAAAUAGCGAGAAACAACACAUAGGAAGCAUGUCAACAACUGGAUGCACCUCGAGUGAUUCGAUUGCACCCAGCUGUGCACAAUGGGAUACAUCAUAUUACCAGUACAGUAGUAUUGACAAGUGUAAGUAAUGAAAUCAUUGCUCAAGUCUGUGACUUUGAUUCAUGACACAGCAGUGCUGUUAACUAUCACAAGCCCCAUGGGCCCGCUGGUCAUUAUUCGUGUACAUGAACUUUUGUUCCAUAGUUUCUGUGUAGUCAGCUAUUCAUAUUAUGAAUAUUUUCCAAUUGUGAUCAAAAUUUUCUUGC